AUGUCUCGCACAACGACGGCACUGCUGGUGCCCGAGCUCAACGGCAAGUUUGUGCUGCAACAAGUGUCACUGGAGCCGCUGCAGCCCGACGAAGCGCUCGUCGAGAUCCACGCCUCGGGCGUCUGCCACACCGACCUCAACUGCGCCCUGGGCCGGCUGCCGUGCGAGCCGAAUGCGGUGCUGGGCCACGAGGGCGGCGGCGUCGUCGUGGAAACGGGCAGCGACGUGACCGAAGCCACGGCGGGCGACAAGGUGCUGCUGUCGUUUGCCCACUGCGGCGCCUGCCCGGGCUGCCAGUCGGGCCACCCGGCCUACUGUUACCACUUUAACGACCGCAACUUUGGCGGCAAGCGGCCGGACGGCACAACGGCCCUGUUUUUGGGGAAGGGCGAAGCAAAGAAGCCGGUCCACAGCACCUUCUUCGGCCAGAGCUCGUUUGCGCGGCUGGCCAUUGUGCACCGCUCGAGCAUUGUGCGCGUGCCGGCGGACACGCCGCUCGAGCUGUUUGCGCCGCUGGGCUGCGGCAUCCAGACGGGCGUGGGCGCCAUCGUCAACACGCUGAAAGUCAAGCAGGGCAGCUCGGUGGCGGUGUUCGGGGUGGGCUCUGUGGGGCUGGCCGCUGUCAUGGCCGCCAAAGCCGUCGGAGCCACCACCAUCGUGGCCGUCGACCUGCACGCCGAGCGGCUCCAGCUGGCGCAGGAGCUGGGCGCAACGCACGGCGUCAUCGGCGGCUCGGACCUCGACAAGAUCGUCGCCGACAUCCGCGCCGUCUGUCCGCCGCCGGCGCUCGGUGUCGACUUCGCAGUCGACUGCGCCGGCGUGCCCAUUGUGGUCGAGACCAUGGUGGCGUCGCUGGGCAUGAACGGCCGCGCGGCCACGGUUGGCGCGCCCGGCCUCGGGUCGACUGCCAAGAUCGACAUCUCGUCCCACCUGACCUACGGCAAGGAGUAUGUUGGGUGCUCCGAGGGCGACAGCAACCCGCCCGAGUUCAUCCCCUACCUGAUUGACAUGCACCGGCAGGGCAAGCUGCCGCUGGAGAAGAUUAUCAAGUACUACGACGUCAAGGACUAUGAGGCGGCCAUCCGUGACGCGCACGCCGGCAGGACGGUCAAGGCCGUUCUGAGGUGGAAUUAG